CCAAGAAACGAAUUCAAUUCUCCCCCUUUUUUCUUCCCUUCUCUUCUCUCUUAUUAGCCUAGCCUACUAUAGCUCUCCCACCAUUUUCAUCCAAUGCUAAUCGAAAACACCACUCUAACCAACUUCCCAUCUUCACGGUAUAUAUAAAUACUUGAAAUAUUAAUAUCAUAUCCAUCCACACGCCCUGCAUGCACACAUACAUGGAAGCACCAUCUGCUGACGGCGGUGGCGGCAGUGGCGGCCUGAGGACGACAAUGGAGAUCCGAAAGGCGGCGGAGAUCGACACCAGCUCCCCCUUCCGGUCAGUCAAGGAAGCCGUGUUGCUCUUCGGCGACACCCUUCUUGCCCAUCGACUCUACCCCAACAACACCUCUCUCCACCAGAAGGAAGAGGCAAUUCCACCAAAGCUGAGCAGUGUGAGGGCAGAGCUAGAGGAGACAAAGCAAAGGCUGCAAAAGGCAAAGGAAGAGAGCUUUGUGAUGGCUACCUGUCUCUCCUCUUUGCAGGACGAGCUCAGGCGGACAAAGACAGAACUCCACCUGCUCAAACAACAAUCCCAGAGGCACGAAUCCGAGGCAGAGGACCUUAAGUUCAUUGAGGCCCCCGCGAUGAUCGAUCUGCAGCUUAACAAGUCGUCUCCAGAAAUCAUCGAAUGUGACAAUGUCAUGAGGUUCGAGAAGAAAAAAUACGUCAGCUUUUCGCGUCGCCAUCAUUUUCCGGCCAGGGAAGAUGAUAAUGUCGUGCUGGAGAGGCAUCCUUCCCUCAAGAAGAAGAAGAAGAAGCCGGUACUCAUCCCACUCAUGGCCAUUGGAGGGAUUUUCUCCAGGAAGAAGUCUCACUAAAUUACUACUCAACUUUUGAAAUAAUGUUUCUCCUUUAAUUUCCUUUUUUGAAUGUUUCAUAAUCCAUACUGAUUUAUGAUGUGUCAUGCAUUAUUGCUUGAGGAUGAUAAUUCCAAACAGAUACAAGUGUUAUGUUUCUAGGAUAAGUUCUCCAAUACAAUAUUGACUAUUAA